CACCGACUUCCGCCCAGAUGCGUUUACAAAUUUCCGCAUUUUUGGCCAGAAGAGACAACCAGCAUAUCUAAAGCUGCAUCGGUGGCAGGCUUUGCAACAGCACGCAAUAUGUCAAGGCUUUUAUUAAGACUGAACCCGAGGGUCUUCAUUUCAUCUCAAAUUAGGAUGGCAUCCGAUCAGCUUGGUGAGCUUGGCAAAGGAGCAGGGAAAGGCGGCGGUGGCGGAGGUUCCGUGAGGGAAGCAGGAGGUGCGUUUGGAAGACGAGAAGCGGCAGAAGAGGAGCGGUACUUCAGGCAAAAGGAGAAGGAACAAAUGGAAGCGCUAAGGAAGCACCACACGGAGGAAAUCGAGCACCACAAGAAGGAGAUUGAGCGCCUACAAAAGGAAAUUGACCGUCAUAAGGGCAAAAUUAGACGGCUCAAGCAUGAUGACUGAGCAAGCGUUUUAGCGCCAAAACAAUAUCAAAUCAUGAUAUUUCAUCAAGACCCUUUCAAAUUCAACAAUUACCAAUAAAUUGAGACUGAA